CAUCGAUUGAGAUCGUCGUCACUGUAAUUCGUCUGUCUACUGUUUAAUUAUUUCCUUUGGCGUCAAUUGUUGACCCGUUUUGUUGGAUCGUUUUUGAUUGAUUUCUGCUAUAACCUAUCGCUGUUGUUUAAGAUAAUUCAUCAAACAUGGCCGAUGCUUUUGACAAACUCCGUAUGAUGGAAGUCGAAAUGAACAAAUUUGAAGAAGAAAUUGGGAUACCCAACUACAUCGAUGGAACGCCUGGCACUCCUCAAGCAUAUGGACAAAUGAAUCGUCACCUAGUGAGUUCUGGCAAUGGGUACCAGGCCGACCGUGAUUCUAUGAAUUCAUACAUGGAUAAUGAUAACUAUUCUAUGGGACAGCAAAAUUCUAUGUCAUCUCAAGGAUACAACAAUAUGCGACCUUCUUUUUCUAAUAAUCAAAUGCUAUUACAGCAACCUCAACGUAGAUAUAAUGUCAAAGUGGACAAAACAAUUGGUCCUGUGAUUCUAAGUGGUGCUCCUAAACUUUACUCAUCUAAACCAGAACCAUCUCAACUACCUGUCAGUGAUUCUAUAAUUAAACCAGAAGAUGUAUUAAAAAUGACAACUAGCAUAAACCCAUUAAAAAAAGAAUCAAAGAAAUCACAACCUACAGUUUUGCCUGGCAAAGAAAUGGCAGAAGCUGUUAAAGCAACAUCAAAAACAGUUGUUGUAUCAGCUGGUGGCAAUGCUGUUGCUGCUGCUGAAUGUGCUGCUUCAAUCCCAAACCAAUCUGCCAAAAGCAAAGGGAAAAAGAAUAAAAAAUUUAUUCGGACUUCUGGUGGACAGGUGUGGGAAGAUCAAACUUUAUGUGAAUGGGAUGAAGACGAUUUUCGUUUAUUUUGUGGAGAUUUAGGUAAUGAUGUUACUGAUGAAUUAUUAGCUCGUACAUUCAGCCGCUAUCCAUCAUUUCAAAAAGCACGUGUAGUACGUGAUCGACGAACCAUGAAAACUCGAGGAUUUGGUUUUGUGUCAUUCAAAGAUCCAGCUGAUUUUAUUAAAGCUACAAAAGAACUCAACGGUCGUUAUGUGGGUAGUAGACCAAUAAAACUUCGAAAAAGUAUGUGGAAAAAUAGAAGUUUAGAAGUUACCAAAAAAAAGGAAAAAGAAAAGGCUGCACUUAUUAGUUUACUAACAGGUCAAUCAUCAUAAUAAUGUGACAUAUACAUAUAAAAAAUGUAAAAAUUUUCUGUAAACUUGAUGCAUGAGCAAUUUAUUAUUUUAUGAUUUUUCCUUAAAAUCUUGUAUUAA